AUGUUUCCUAUUCUCGUUGUCUUCCUCUCGAUUUCGACCGUAAUUCAAUCGGCGGAUCCAAAGUGUCCGGAAGGAUUUACCCUUUUUAAAAGAGUACCCACUGCCAACAACAACUUUACAAAGGAGUGGUGCAUGAUCGUAAGUCUCUUAUAAAUAUACCUUAUACCGUAAAAACUCUAAUAUAUCAGCUACCGAUGAAGAUAUAAAGACGUUGUCAACUAGUAAAAUGUUCAUUGAGAUAAUUUGUACAUUUUAUCAGUUGACCACUUUUCGAUACCUCUACCGAUAGCAUAGCUGAGAUAUGCCGUCUUGAAUACGGUACCCUUCUAUUACAGUUUUGUGCCUGUUUCAGGUGAUCAAGAACAAGGAAUGGAGUGGUAAUCGAGACAAAGCCCGUUCGAUUUGCAUUUACUACAAUAGUUCACUGACUAUUCCGGAAAACCAACAAGAAGCUGACUUUUUAACAAGUUUGACCAUGUUUUCAGUAGGAUCCACACUAAAAUAUGCUUCCAGAAGACGUGAAUCUUACGUACACCAACCGGGUCGCAGUCGACGGAGAGUUUAUUCCAAAGUGCAAGGCCCUGGCUUCCCGAGCGACGAAAUCAGUCAACUUUAUGAAUAGCACUGGAGAUUGUGCGGUCAAAAACAAGGUCUCGAACUAUUUUCCCACUCAAUUGAAUAAUACUCUUCUUUGUAGCUUUUCGCCUUCGAGGACGAAAACACGGACACGACAUUCAUCAAAUCGCAAUUUAAGUUUGUCCCUAAUUUUUCCGGAGAAAGUUGGAGCAACGGUUCAAAAAUGUUAGUUUCCAUGCUUGAGUUUUUUUUACUUGUCAAAGAUUACUGUAACUCUUGCAUUUUUCGCUUUUUGAAGGCCGUUCAUCUACGUCGCGUCGUGUGCGUCUUUGUAUAAACAGGAAUGGUACAACUCAACAAGAACGUUUGCCGAACUGUCCGAUUGUAGUCAAAUGGAUAAACGCAAUAGCAAAGAGCAAUUGGUGCAGAGCGUCGCGUGCGGGAGACCUCCUUUGUAG